AAUGGCAGAAUGAGCGACACAAGGCUUUUGUUUGCUCAGACAUUGUGGGCAAAAUGAAGAAGAAAAAGUUCAAGUUCGACGUUUCUUUUGAACUGAGAGAACUAUCAAAUGUCUCUCUUGCCAGCGGCCUUUUAUUUUCCAAGCUGAGGCUACUGGAUGGCGGUAAAUUUACCGAAACUUCGUGCAGGUAUGAGCGAACAAGUUCACCAAAUGACACAAGACUAUUCUACAUGCCUGUAUAGUUAGGCUGUUGUUUAGUUUUCAAACUGCUUUGUCUCUACUUUAAGGGCGUUAAAACUAACCAAACUAUCUUCCUUUAGGCUCGACGUUUCAAAUAACCGUGUCAGAUGGCAUCAAACUUUUCAAUUUGGUUGUAAAAUGACCGCUAAUUCGGGUACUGGAUAUUUAGAUCCAUGUUUAUGUCGAAUUUCAGUUCGCAAGGUUAGUAUAAAUCAUAUAUACUUUAGAUUUACAUCCGAAAUAUUUUUUAUAGAUAAAACCUAGGCAGUUCCUUUUAGUUGUCGUCGAAAUGCUAGGCGACAAAAGCCUUAAAUUUACAUCAUAAUGUGAAAACGCAGAUAGAAUAUUCGACAAUGAAACUUUUAUAUUUGAACUUUCAUUGAUAUGAAAUUCGAUAUCGAAACUUUCGCAUGUAAGUCAAAAUUGUAAUUUUUGUUUUGUACGAAAACUUGUUCCUCUUAUCUUGUAAUAAUAUUGAACAAAUUUGUCAAUAUUUUCAUGUCAAAAGUUUAAUUACUAUAAAUAGUUUAUUGCAGUAUAGUUUCAUUGUGCGUAAUGGCAGGGUGUCCAAAUAUUUUGAUUUCUUCAAAAAUCUAGUUCAUGGGAAAAGCUGUCGGAUCUAAAGCAGGAACAGCUUAUUGACUAUGUGACGUGGCGUAUUGCACGAAAAUAUCGUACAAGGAACUAUAUUUUGAUUUGAAAUAAUUUUCGGUCUAGACUUAUUGGAAAUAUUGUAAACAGAUAAAAUUAAAUCCUAAAUUAGGCACGAAAUUUUCAUUUUCUUUUGUAAAUAGUGGUCAAAAACUGCUGUGAGGGUUAUUAUAUUUUUCGUGGCAUAUGUUAGGUAUUCAAACCGGUUUUUUCAAGUUGCAUUUCAAGAAUUUUAGAAAUAUUUUCUUAGUACGCGACCUUUCACCUUUUGUGCUGAGAGAUAAAGUACCUUGAUAAUGAUUUGUGGUUUUAUAGUAUUUCUUUCGUAUUUCAAAGAAAAGGCACUUGGUCUUACCUACAGCUGCUAUUUUUAUUAUAAUUAUUUUUGUAUACUUUGCAAUUAGAUUGCUUCAAUGUUUUAUAGCUGUUUGUGCUUCAUGAUAUUAAAAUGCAUGACAUUUUUACAAGAAUAAUUGUUGCAAUUAGGAAUGUAAUAUCUGUUAAUACUUCUCGUGUUUUGUGAAGUAGUGCUAAUAUUUUGACAUUUAGUUGGUUUUUGGCUAGAGUUUGUAGAAAUAUCGACCUUUGUUUUUAAGGUUAUAUGACUUAUUUUUAAAGUUAUAUGACCUUUAUUUUUAAAGUUAUAUAACCUUUAUUCCUAAAGUACUUUACUAAUAAUUUUUCAAAAAUUUCAUUUCACUGAAUUCAUAUUAACCAUUGAGUGGCAGCACUCUCCUCGUGAUGAGUAAAAUUAUCUCGCAUUAGACAGAGUAAAAUAAUAAAAUAGGGCACAUCUUUGCGCAUUGCCACUUAAAGGGUUAACCCAACUUUAUUACUUUACUCUGUCCAACAUCAGCCACAUAACUCUUUUUAGCAGGUACCUCUUUUAGGCAGAUACAUUUGAAAGGUCCCAAAUCUGUCCUUUUUAAUACCUGUAGGUUUUUUUGCAAAGCUUUUUUGUCAAAUUAUUUUCAAACUAAAUUCCUUGGGGCUUCUGAUGCCUUCAGUAGCACAGUCAUCAAUUGCUUUUCUUAUCUGAAUUCGAUUUGUAUCUUGUUUUAAUUGGAGUCAGUCAGUGAUCACCCAAAGGUCAUGGGAUUUCUUUGGGAAUUCGGGCUUUCUUUCACAUUGAAAACCCUUGAAAGUUGGCAAGUAAUUCAAGCAAAAUAAUCUCAGCUGUUUGUAGGUUUUAUAUUCAGCAAAUUAGUAUAAUGCUUGUGAUGUUACUCUGAGCGUAUAUCCACACCGGGCAAGCUUGAAAAAUAUGCCUGACCACGGACCAUCAAGCUUGCCCGGUGUAUAUACACUCAGAGUAACAUCACAAACAUCAUAUUCACCUGAGUACAUUACACCAGCACAGAAAUUAGUAUAGUUGUUUAUCUAUAUAAAACCGGAAAAUCUAGUUUAUAACAGUGGAUCAUUAUGGAUCGGCAUGAUAUACAGUAUUUACACUGGCAAAGAGCCAGUCUCGAAUUUUAUUGUACUAUUAUUAAGUCGAUCAACCCCUUUAAUACCCAGCUAUGCAAAAAAUGUGUGGGCUAGUAACUUAUUCUGUAUGUCUGUAUUGUAGUCGUAGCAACAGAAAUAAGUUUGGAAUUUAUUGAUGUGUUUCUCACAAAGCCCCCCUACUAUUUUUGAUAAAAAGGCAAAUCACAUGAAGAUGACUUGGGCCAAUUUCUUUCCCACCAAUUUUUAGCCUUUUGUGUAAAUAUUUGAGAUGCUGCUGGAUUUAAUAGGGCUUUAGGUGUAAUUAAAACUUAAUCUCGGCUUUUUCUGGCAUUAAGAUGGAUCAUGCCUAGCAUGUGACUGUCCCAUGACAUUAUCACAACUGCAUGCUGGCUAGGUCAUGUUUAAGACGUUUAAUAAUUGAACAGAUAAUGAGAAAUAUUUUGGCACAGAUAUGUUUUUUACGUUUGUUAUACAAAUACAUGUAGGCAAUUUUUCCCAAGAUAUAUGUAGGAGGUUAACCGUGUGAGCUGCAUGCAAUAUUUUUAAGGAUAUCAGUUUAAUAUUGUAAUUGUGCUAUGUCACAUGUUCCAACUCUAGCAAUUUCCAUGUUUUUCCCAAUCGAUCUCUUGAUUUGAACUUGAAACAACAAUUUUUCAGAAAGAUCUGCUUAUUUGGAAAAUUCAUUCCACCUCACCUUUUACCAGCAAUGAACAAAUACCAGUAAACAAAAUAGGUACCAAUCGAUUAUAUGCCCUUUUAGAAAUAAUCAGGACUAUAUUUAAAAUUUGUAAAAAAAUCCCAAGAAUAUUUAAAAGUAAACUAUAUGUGAUGCCAUACAUAUACUAGAGGGAAAUUUGAUUCUGGCCUGCUAAAGAUUGGGGUCCCUAAUAGUUUUUGUGAUGUUAGUCUUAAAUGGUGGAUUUUAAAGGAACAUUUUGUAAGGAUGUGUGUGGGUGUCUGAGGGUCUCCAUGGAAAUACUUGAUUGAUUGUCUUUAUGGGAUCUCUAUGCCUCUGGCAACUUCUAGAAAAAACUUUGCCUCUGUCUGGCAGUUCUCAUGUAAAAAAUCCAAUUGGAAUGAUUUUUAUCUCUGACAUUCAAUUGGAUUCCAUAGAAACUCUCAUUGGAAUUCCAGUUGGAUAUUUUUUGUAACAGCUAGCUGGUAUUUCUGCCAAAAACUGUUAAUCUGGAAGAUACCAGAUAACAAAGUAACUAUAAGCUGUAGUUGAUCUUCAAGCAUUAAUUAACAAUUAUUCGCCGAAGGCGAGGUGAUUAUCGGUGAAUAAAAACCAAGACGAAGUCGAGGUUUUUAUUCACGAUAAUCACCGAGCCUGAGGUGAAUAAUUGUUUUAGUAUAAUUUCAUAGGUGAUUAUUUGAGGAAAAAAUAAGAAAAUACACAUUUCUUCGUCAUUUACUUGACAAAAAGGCUUUGGCCGCCAUUUUGAAAAUCGCUUAGGUGAUUAUCGCGUAAUAAUCACCUCAACGGCAACCAAUCAGCGUGGAGAAUUUUCAAUAAUCACCUAUGUAAUUAUACUAAUGCUGGAUAGCCUAUUCUAGGCAGCAAAUUUGCUUUCAUUUUAUACAGUGUAACGGUAGUGAAAAAUGUUUGAGGAAUAAAAAUUGCAUGUAACCAUUCGAAAUUUGAACCCCUAUUAGCAUGAGGUCAGCAUAGACUAGCGUUUAAGAAUUUGCAUUCCCUUACAGUUAAUUUUUAACCCAUUGAGUUAUAAUGCACGCUGAUGUACUGUACUUUAUUCUUUUUCCUCUUUGUAACACUGGAUGACUGGUCAAGAUUGGGUGAAGGGUUUUUGCCACUUAAAUAAGAUUGGAAUACCCUGCUCGAAAUAAGUUUUGAUUGAAUGAAUGUUUAUAACUUAACACUCGCCCAGGGCAUGUAAAAAUGAUAACAAUUCAUGAGCAAGUUGCCACUUAGUCUUUCAAGCAAGAAAUAUUCAGAACGUAUCUUCCUUGGUGGUAAAUUGUCAAACUAAGUUACAUUGUAUUAUCAUUAUAGGAAACAAAAGGAGGCAAAUCUUAUGAGAAGCUUGGUUUUGUUGAAGUGAACAUGGCUGAGUUUGCAGGACCCAGCAAACAAACAAGAAAAUAUUUGUUGGAAGGACACGAUGACAAAGCAAAUAGACAGGAUAACUCUAUUUUAGAGGUAUGAUGGUCUUAUUCUAAUUGUAUAUAUUUAAAAGUUUAAGGAUAUACUAAAGGUGGUUGAUUAAUUUGAUUUUUAGGUCCGAAUCUCCAUGCAACUGAGGCAGGGUGAUCCACUUUUUAAACUGUAAGUCUGAUACACUUAUUUUUGUAUAGUAUUAAUUUUCAUUCUUAUUUUGGUAUAGUAUUAAUUUUCAUUGUUAUUUUGGUACUAUAGUAUUAAAUUUCAUUGUUAGUUUGGUAUAGUAUUAAUUUUCAUAGCCAUUUAUUUAUACCUAACUUGUACACCAAUGAUUGUUGCUGUGUACUUAGCUAGUAAAACUCAAUAAUAAAUGUGUAUUUAAGCCCAUUUUCCACUUUGCGAAUUUGUUCGCGCGUGGCGAAAAACAAGUCUUGGCAAUGUGAUUGGUUAGCGAAAAGAUUCUCAGCAAAAAAGUUGGACCAGUUCCUACUUUUUUACUGUUUGUGCGAACAAAUUUGCCAAGUUGAAAAUGAGUGUCAGUCUUUAAAAUAAAGUGCAUAAAGUUUCUGAAAUUCAAAUGACUACAAGUUAGAACAAGGAGCACAAUUGCAUAUUGCUACAAACACCACAAUCGACUCCAACAUUUUUUAGUCCCAUCAGUUCAACCAUCUUUCAUUCCAAGUCGUGUCUUACAUACCGACUAAAUACCUUGUGCUUGGAAAGGUCAUAUCUUAUCAGCAAAAAAUAAGGACGCAGCGCAGAUAUGCGAUAGCAACAUUUUCGCAUACCUAUGUGAUACAGUAAUUGGUUUUGAUAUCCUCCUGCAGUAACAUGUGCACUGAAGCAAUAAGGGAUAGUCUUUGCUGGAUGUCUAGGAUGAACAGUUUAGAACUGAUAGAGCUGUCCAGUAUAAAUCAAUUUAGUUUAGCUGAGGUUUCCUCCUGUAGUAACAUUGGAUCAAUAAGAAAUUAUCCUUACUGGACCUCUAGGAAGAACAGUUUAGAACUGAUAAAGCUAUCCAGUAUAAAUAAAUGGUAAAACAAGUCUUAUUUAGUUAUUUCUUUAUUUAGCCCAAACUCACCCCAAGCACAAGUCUCUGUUGAGUCUCCAAACUGCAAAGGUGAAUCCUCCAAAGGUAAGAAGGAUGAUCGUGGUCUUGAUGAAACUAGUGCAGGCACUGUUACAGUAGGGACCAUCACCCCAGACACGCCUACCAGUCCAAUGUCUGCAUCCCCUGAUGGUGAAGAGGACACUGUAGCCAAGCUGGCCUUGGCCGAGGGAUCGUCAGGCCUUGUGGGCAAGGUUCUGGGUCAUCAUCGGAGUGCAAGUGAACCUCCAUUUUUAAGAGAUGGUCAUCAAAGUGGUCAACUGUCUGAAGGAUAUGGCAGCAUGACUACACAGUCAACAUCAUCUUGUAGUGAUGCAGGAAGAAGGUAAUUGAACACUAAUUAAUUCUAAUUAGGUGGCAAGCAGUCCCUCGGGAGAAAGGAGGGACCGCCGACAACACAUGAAGAAACGAAAUAUGCGUUGCCCACACAACGCAAAAUUCCCAUUGGUCGAAAUUGAUGUGUCUGUCAAUCAAAUCUGAUAUGUAGUAAUUAUGUUAUAAAUAAUUUCCAGAUUGAAUGUUGAUUUUAUAAAUAAAUAUGACAUUAACGGUUCCUAUUGGGUAGCUAGGUUUAAUUGGAUAUAAGUAAUGUUUAUGCAAAGCGGAGCCAACUUGACAAGAAUGAAAAGUGGGUGUAUUUCGUUUCUUGAUGUUUUGUCGGCAGUCCCUUGGAAAAGAGGGAUCGCUCGCUGUCUAAUUCUAAUUAGAAUCAAGCAUUUAGGCAGGUAGCUGUCCAACCAUCUUAUGGAUUGCACUUAGCCAGACAUUUUCCAAUAGACAGCCAUGAUAUGAUUUUGUGGAUGCCAGUUUUGACAUUCUUGAUAAAAGCAUGAUUAGGAUGGUUGUCUUAAUGUUUUCCUUUGUUCUAAUGUGAAUUGUAUGUACAGCAGAGCACACCCUUACCAGAACAUCCUGGAUAUCCAUCCCUGGUAUAUUUAUCUUUGAUCUUGUCAUUGAUGUAGGUUCAACUCUAUUGAAAGAACUGCCAGUAAAGUAACUCGCAGCAGAGUGGAUGCUUGCAAUAUAGUGGAACAAAUCAUCAACAGCCAAGAAUCCGAAGAACCUCAAGGACACACGGCAGGUUUGUCUCUGCUCAAAAACCAUUGAAUUAAAGACCCAUUUCCACUCUGGAAAAUUUUCCACAGAAAGAAAAUUUUGUAAAAUGUGAUUGGCCAACAUAAAUUUUCCGUUGGAAAAAUAUUUUGAAGUUGAAAAUUUGCAACUUUUAACAAUGAUAUUUUCGGAAAAUUUUCUCUCUGUGGAAAUGGGGCCUUGAGUCGAUUUAGAGAAGAACACAAAUGAAACAGUUCUAUUAUAUUCUUUUUAGCAGAUACAAAUCGCAAUGAAAGUACUCUGAUAUCGUUCUUGAUGGACAAGAAUAGCAAUGCUAACGUUCUUCCCAGUGAUUGUGGGUAUGUUGUAGUUACUUCUCGUAUAAGGUGCUGGGGGUACAGGGGUCAAUACAUAUGCCUGUCGCCUCAGACUGCGGUUCGAUUACUGUAAUACACGGUUGUCCGAUUAUGAUAUUGGGAAAAGUACUUCCAGUUUGAUUCCACCAAACACUGUAGGUUUCCUAUGGUAGUGGAAGUGAAAUCUGAACCUCUAAUAAUUAUCAGCAGCCCCGUGCCCACAGCUAUCUCAGAUCAUUCUCCUGAAGCAAAACUUCCUACGUUAUCUAAGGAGAAAAGUUAGGACCUGAUAAAGGGAGCUUUGUUUAGCUUAGUUUCAUAUCUUAACUAAUUUUGCUAAGGAUAAAAAGAAAGCUUUGUAGAACAGCAAAUCUACCGUGUUUUAUUUGAAAUGCCUCCAUAUUUUUCAUUUAAUAGACUGGUUGUGGACGAUAAGUACAGAACUCUCUGAGUUGAAGAAGAUCUUCAAGAGUUAUCAAAGGUGAAAAGUGUACAUAGAUAGCUAGUAAUGUGUGUAUCCAUUGCGGUUGCAAAAAGCCUGAAGAUUGCAUUUAGGUUUUAGACUUGCUCUCUCAUUGGCUCUUUGCAUAGUAAUUAACCAAUCAGGUAGCAAUACUUUUAGUGCUUGGUCUCUCAUUGGUUCUCCAGAGAGCAAGAGAACUGAAAUUAUAGGCUUGCUUUCUCAUUGGUUCUUUGAAAACCAGUAACCAAUCAGAUAGCAAUUCUUUUGAUGUGAUUUUAUGCCAAGAUGUUUCGCCGUGUCUUUUGUCAAAAUAGUUCUUUGUUGAUUUAAAACGAGGCCAUACAAAUUUGGCCGAUUGUAGUUUAUACGAAUAUUGAACUUUGGGAAAAGUUGUAGAAUAAGGUAUAGAUAUGUUUAUUAUCUAUACCUUUUUAUCGCUUUUAUAGCAAAGUGGAUAUAGAAUUGUUUAGUCAAAUGAUUUUGCACUACUUGCGUGUUUUUGAAAUUUUAAAACUUUUGAUUCAUUCAUGAUUUAUUCUACUUCCUUCGUAAUUUGCAAAUCACUUCAAUAACGAUAUUUAACUUAUAAAGUUUGUUCGUUCACUGCAACCAGGUAUAUCAAUCAUGUUUCGCUCACUACUCUGGUUUAAAUAAAUAAUUACAAAGCCCAGUCGAAUUGUAAUCAAGACCCAACGUUUCGACACUCCAGUCUAGUGUCUUCAUCAGGGGUGAUCUAAAACUGCGAUCGUGGUUUCUUAAAUACCCAAGGGAUGACGUCACCUGCCAAGAAGAUGCAUAUAUUUCUCUGGCAAAUAGGCGCCGUCAUCCCUAUUCAAAGCAUGAUGACUCAUAUUUAUAUGCCACGCUUCUAGGCAAAGUCUUUGACCAUAGCGAUUGUUUGUGGUAAUUACUUUAGAGUUUUCCCACGCAAUCUCGUGUACGUUUGGUGUAACAUACAUGUUCGGCUGAAGCUGAUUUUCCCUUGUCUAAAGUUGACGGUUGUUUCAACUUUAGACAAGGGAAAAUCAGCUUUAGCCGAACAUGUAUGUUACACCAAACACGAGAUUGCGUGGGAAAAGUCUAAAGUAAUUACCACAAACAAUCGCUAUGGUCAAAGACUUUGCCUAGAAGCGUGGCAUAUAAAUAUGAGUCGUCAUGCUUUGAAUAGGGAUGACGGCGCCUAUUUGCCAGAGGAAUAUAUGCAUCUUCUUGGCAGGUGACGUCAUCCCUUGGGUAUUUAAGAAACCACGAUCGCAGUUUUAGGUCACCCCUGAUGAAGACACUAGACUGGAGUGUCGAAACGUUGGGUCUUGAUUACAAUUCGACUGGGCUUUGUAAUCAUUUAUUUAAACCAGAGUAGCGAGCGAAACAUGAUAUUUAACUUUAUAGUCCCAUUGCACUGACGUCACAAAUCCUUAGAGUGUCCUCCAGAUGCUCCCUAACAAUCUGUUCGGGUACAACAACCAGAUACAGCGCAAAAAUUAACCAUUUUAAUACAAAAUAAUUAUAGAGUUUGCUUUGUUUACAACAGUUAUAUUAUGCAUAGAUUGCUAAUUUGUCUUCCAGAUGCAUCGUCACUAGUGCUGUGACGUCAUGUGCAGUGAGUCUAUAUAAGAAUGCCGUACUACUACCACUAAGAACAAACGAAAAUGCAGAAUACGCAGUAACUAUAAACCAGGCAAACAUUACACUUAAUAUUUCUACAAACCAUGUUCUGCAACCACCAAUAGAGGCAAAUUACAAACGACCUACCGUAUUCUCUGAUUUUGUGAUUUACAUCAUCGCGUAAUAUAAUUUACUGCGGAAGCCAUAUUUCAACAGUAUGUUCGAUAUGCAAAUUAGUCAGGAAAUAGAAUAAUCGUGUCCAUUAUAAUUUUUUGCAUAUUUAAUAUUGCCGCAUAAAUAUAGGAUUGAUUUGGGAUGUGUGGUAGAAAAAACGAAGUUAGUCUUAAAUGCAUAUAAGUAAAUCUAAUGUAAAGCUUUCGUAAAAUAAGUAAAAAUAUUUAUUGCUCACAGGACAGGCAUUAAUGUCCUGAGUAAAGCGUUCAUAUUUAGUGAUUAGUUUUAAAGCAAAAGUGAUAUAAUUGAUACAUAAUUCUUAUUAAUUAUUUUGAGGAUAUUUUAUAAGCAUAGAUUUGUAUCGUGAAGUAUCGCAUGCUUUCACACAGUAAUUGUACACGAGCCGUGGUGGUUUUGUCGCGCUGAUCAAAUCGCGCAAAAACCAAAAAUUCACGAAAAUAAAACGUUCAGAAAUGAAACAAAACUGUUACAAGCUUGUUGACAAGUUGUGACAUUUUUACGAGUGGGAUUUGCGCGUUCGUGAUGUGUUUGGUUAUUUGCGUGCUCAUUCAGCGUUGACACGAACCAUGAACUUUCGAUGCUGACCAGCCUGUGAACACGUGAUAGUCAGCCGGUCUGACGUGUCAUCGUGACGUCAUGUCUUGAUACGCCGUGCGUGUCAAGAAGGCAAGGCGUGGUCAGUUGGUCGAAUGCAAAGAUACUGUAGUGAUAUGUAUAUGUGAUGUGUGACCACCAUUGUACUAAAUGGGAUUAAUAAAUCUGUAAUUGAUAUUAUAUACGUUGUGUG